GACGUCACGGACAGGGCCGAGUGCGCCCGCGCGAGCCGCCCUUGUUCCCGGCAUUGAGGCGGCGGGUCGGCGCAGGAGCCUCCGGUUCGAGGAGGAGAACGUGGCGCCUGCUAGGUCAUGUCAGAGUAAACCAUGUCUCAGCGGGAGACUCUGCUACACCUCUUCGCCGGAGGGUGUGGAGGAACAGUGGGGGCAAUUGUCACCUGCCCAUUGGAAGUGAUUAAGACACGGCUCCAGUCCUCGGGUUUAACACUUCGCCCAGUCUACAUUCCACAGGUCAACCUCAGUACAAUCAAUGGACCGGGUGUUGUUCGGCCAGCACGUGUCGCACCAGGACUUUUCCAAGUUCUAAAAUCCAUUUUGGAAAAAGAGGGACCAAGAUCACUUUUCAGAGGACUGGGACCUAACUUGAUUGGUGUUAUUCCAUCAAGGGCGAUCUACUUUGCUGCCUACUCUAAAGCCAAGGAGAAAUGUAAUGCAAUCUUUGUACCACACUCUAAUGUUGUCAACAUGUGUUCAGCUGGCUUUGCAAGCUUUAUCACAAACACAUUGAUGAACCCCAUUUGGUUGGUUAAAACAAGAAUGCAGCUGGAAAGCAGGAAACGAGGUGAAAAAGCAACAAAUGCUUUCCAGUGUGCAAGGCACGUCUAUCAAACUGAAGGAUUCAAGGGGUUUUACAGAGGUUUAACUGCCUCAUAUGCUGGGAUCUCCGAGACUGUGAUUCACUUUGUUAUUUAUGAAGCCUUGAAGAAACAUUUGGAGGAAUGGAGGAUCACUGUGAGGGAGAACAAUAAGAAUGUUUCAGACUUCCUCGGAUUAAUGAUCGCUGCAGGAAUUUCAAAGACAUGUGCGUCUUGUACUGCCUAUCCUCAUGAAGUAAUAAGGACGAGGUUACGGGAAGAAGGCACGAAAUAUAAGGCAUUUUUGCAAACGGCACGUUUAGUGGCAAUAGAGGAAGGUUACAGUGCCUUCUAUAGAGGACUACAAGCCCAGCUGAUUCGCCAGAUUCCAAACACUGCCAUUAUGAUGACCACAUACGAACUGAUCGUUCAUAUCUUCGGAUAGCAUUGGAAAUAAAUGGACGCUCAGCAAUGGAAGGUUUCUGUGUUGUUGCAGUGCAAUGUCAUUAUGAUGACCCAUAAACUAGGGAAAAAUGUAGGAAGUCACUGAGCAGAUUAGGUACCGUUCAUGCAAAGCACAAAGACACUAUUUUCUUCCUGGAUCCAAGCCAGAGUGUGAUACAGGUGCCACUUCUGGGAUUAACAUCAUAUAUUGUGACCAGGGCAUCUGCUAUGUGAUGACAUCUACACAAAGUGUACGUGCCAUUGUAGGUGCUGGCAUUAUCUUCAAGCUAUAUCUUCCAUGAUCUGUUAGAAAUGGUAUGUUAAGAUUAGCUAUCUGGGCAAGUUUUCAGAUGGUUACAAUUAACUGAUGUUAGGCAAGAUUCAUCACCAAUGGAAAAUAAGCAGGAAACAUUGAUAGAACAAAGAUAUUAUUUUCUCUGAAAAUAAUCUGUGCAGUGAUAACUUAUGCUUUGGCCUCUAGACACCACUAUUUAUUUUAAAGGUAACUAAAAAAAAUUCUUGCAAAUUUAAUUUGUGUUACCUUUCCCUCUUGGAAAGCAUAGGAUAUUUUUUUGAUCCUUCUGAAAACUGGGAAACACUGAAAGGAAUGUAUGUAUAUUUGUAAUGUAUGUGGCUUAUGUAGAUAUGUUCAGGUAGAAUGUAUUUAUACUGGGUACAGUAUGAAAUGCAUGCUACAUGUAGUAACGAGAGAAAACAGCAGCAAAAUAUUAAUUUAUUCAGUUUAAUGUGUCAACAAAACUUAGAACCUGAAAAAUGGUGUUUUGUUAUUUUAAAGGGAAAUGUAGUCUUUAUUGGCUCUAGAGAUAAUAACUUGCUAUUUUGUCCCUAUUAAUUAUCUUUGUUUACAAUUCAGUUUCCCCCAAAAAUUUAGUAGAUAGAUUGUUCAGAAUUCAGUCUUGACCAAACACCAAAACCUGAUGCUUUUGUUUAUAUUUAAAAUGACUAGCUCUGCUGUACUUUACUGUUAAUUUAUUGAAAUUUUUGAAUUCACUAUUGUAUCAACAAAAGGUUAGAAACCUACAACAACGAUAGUAAAAGAAAACUCUGCUAUUAAUUUCAUAUGUGUGCCUUAUAGAUUUCACCAAUGAUCAAACAAACAAUGGAAUGGAGUGAAGAUGUCUUUGGUCGAGAGUGUUGCAAGUCUUUAUAGUUGUUACAGACUCAUUCCUAUACCUCUCUUAAAACACUUCAUUUAGUAUCUACGAUAAAGAAAAGGGGAGAGGAAGAGAUGCAUUCUAUUGCAAUGCUUAAAAAAAUUUCAAUAGGUAUCAGUGUACUAGCUAAAGCCAGAAUGUCAAACAUUUGGUAUGACUUUAUUAGGUAUUAACCUUUAAAGGACAAUAAUAAUCAGUAUAGCGUGUGUUCAGCAUGUGUUACUGUUAGUUUAUUUUAAAAAUGAAUUGGUUGAAAAUUCCCAUCUGAAUAAAUAUUUGCACCAUU